AUGAUCUCAAACCUCAACCUGCGCUGCCGCAGGGUCGCAACGACUUCAAAGGCCUUUGUCGUCUCCACUAUCCGCCCCCUCCAGAAACACCGCUACACCCUCUACGACCUCCAAUACGUCUUCCUCUUCGCCCUCUUCUCCUUCUGCUACUACAUCAUGGACAAGCCCAUCUGGUUCAAGCUGCCUAUCGCCCUCGGCGCCAUCGGCCUCUUGAUCCCCAAAAAGACUCGCCAAUUCAUGCUCCCCUUCCUCGCUAUCGCUGCCUGGUUGAUCCUCUUCUAUUGCUGCCGAUUCAUCCCCUCAGCGUGGAGACCCCAUAUCUUUACCUCUGUCCUCCCUGCUCUCGAAAACAUCCUCUACGGCGGCAACAUCUCUGAGCUCCUCGCCAAGACAACGAGCCCCUUCAAGGAUCUUCUCGCCUGGAUGCCCUACGGUGUUCUCCACUUUGCGCUUCCCUUCAUCACUGCCGCAUUGAUCGUGUACUUUGGUCCUCCUGGUACUUUGCCCGUCUUUGCCAGAACCUUUGGCUACAUGAACCUCGCUGGUGUUCUCACCCAGAUUUUCUUCCCCUGCGCUCCACCAUGGUACGAGACCAACUACGGUUCUUUCGAGCCUGCUACCUAUGCCAUGCCCGGCAGCCCCGGCGGCUUGGCCCGUGUCGAUGACAUCCUCGGAACGAACAUGUACAAGUCAACCUUCACCGCUUCCCCCCUCGUCUUUGGCGCCUUCCCCUCCCUUCACUCUGCCUGCGCCUGGCAAUUGGCUUUCUUCCUCGUCUACAUCUUUGGCCCCCGCUCCAUCCCCUUCGUCGUCGGCUACGUCUUCUGGAUCUGGUGGGCUACCAUGUACCUCGGUCACCACUACGUCGUCGAUCUCGUUGGAGGCGCCGGAUACGCUGUUGUCGCCUUCUGGAUCGGCUCCUUCUUCUUGCCCUCUGUCUUGCCCUCGAUUCACCACAACGCCAAGGCCUCUCAUGUCAUCCACGAUCUUGGCGAUGCCAUGAACCACCAAGAGAAGCAAACACUCUUUGAUGCUGCGCAUAACGACGAUGACUUUGUUGGUUUCAAGCAGGACAAGGAAUGGGAUUUGAGUCAGGAUGAGGACGAGAACGAAAUCGAGGAGAUGUCAACUGUUGUUGUCGUUUCUAUCGAGCCCGAGAUGGAGGAGCGUCCCCUCUCCCAGUCUGCACCUGCCUCGCCCAUCACUGGUCCCAAGAAGAACGCCUCAUACCGUCAGAGCUGGAACGGCUGGCAGGGAUACGAAUCCUGGAUGGAGGUCUUGGUCAGUGUCAACUCGCCUCGUCCUUCGCCCCGCAACUCGCCUGCCAGCUCACCUCGCAACUCGAGCUCUCAUUCGAGCGGAUAUGGCGGCAAGAGCCGUCGUCACAGCCGCGAUUCGAUGCACUCUGUCACCACCUUGAACCUUGAUGUCGAGGCUAAUGCUGCCUUGGUCCAGUCUGCUUUGGCAACCAUUGCCGAGGAUGGUGGCCAGGGUAGCUCAUCGAUGCCCAAGGGCCGUGCUCGUCCCUCCCGCCUGAACCUGGACCAGUCGAGCGGUUCCUCCUCCACUUCUGGAUCUGCGCCCACUAGCCCAGCCACCACCGAGACCGAUGCCGAGUCUAGCCAUUCUGGUUCGUCGAGGCCAUCAUCUCCUCGGUCCCUUGUCUCUGGAUCGUCUUCGCCCGCUCUCGGCAAGCGUUUCAAGGACGAGUAG